GGGUUGUGAUUAAAAACUUCCUGUAUACUUCCUGUAUAUUUUUACAGUGAAACAGUUAGAAAUCGAAGUAAUAUAUGUUUGGACGAAAGAAAUAGAGAAAACUAAACAAAAACAAAUUCGGUUUAAGAUUGAUGUGCGAAAUCUGUUUGCUUCGCUAAAAAGUUUGCCAGCUUAUUCCAGGUCUCCUAAUGGGAAAGGGAAAAUAAAAGAGGAUGCAUGUGGUAAUAAUAAUGGACACUAGUCGUAUCUGUUAUUAAUAUUAAAAGUCGCAGUAACGAUGAGAUCUGGUUGUUAUGAUUUUGCUCGUUUUUGAUAAUUUUAAUGAAAUGGCAAACCAGGUGUUAGUCAUUCGAAUUAGAAUCCCAGACGGCGGCGACGUGGAUUGGACUGUGCACUGCGUUUCACAGCUCAUGUUCCGAGACGUCCUGGAUGUGAUUAGCCAGGUCUUACCUGACGCAACAACCACAGCUUUUGAAUAUGAGGAUGAGGAUGGAGAUCGAAUCACAGUGAGAAGUGAUGAAGAAAUGAAAGCCAUGCUGUCAUAUUAUUACAACACUGUAAUGGAACAGCAGGUGAACGGGCAGCUGGUGGAGCCUCUGCAAAUUUAUCCAAGAGCCUGCAAGCCUCCUGGGAAACGGAACAUACAUGGCCUGAAGGUAAAUACUCGCACAGGGCCCUCUAAUAAUAGCAGCUCAGCGGUCUCGGAUUCACUGCAGAACAAUAGUUUAAAGAAGUCUUCUGCGGAGCUGAAGAAGAUCUUAGCUAAUGGACAGAUGAAUGAACAAGACAUAGAAAAUCGAGAGCUCCUUGGUCAUGGCAAUGGAGGCACAGUGUACAAAGCACACCAUGUCCCAAGUUCGAAGAUUUUAGCAGUUAAGGUUAUUCCUUUAGAUAUUACUCUAGAGCUUCAAAAACAAAUUAUGUCAGAGCUAGAAAUUCUUUAUAAGUGCGAUUCAUCCUAUAUAAUAGGAUUUUAUGGUGCAUUUUUUGUAGAAAACAGAAUAUCAAUAUGUACAGAAUUCAUGGAUGGGGGCUCUUUGGAUGUAUAUAGAAAAAUCCCAGAACAUGUACUGGGGAGAAUAGCUGUUGCAGUUGUUAAAGGUCUCACCUACUUGUGGAGUUUAAAGAUUUUGCAUCGAGAUGUCAAACCCUCUAAUAUGCUGGUGAACACAAGGGGCCAGGUCAAGCUGUGUGAUUUUGGAGUCAGCACCCAGUUAGUCAAUUCCAUAGCGAAAACUUACGUUGGAACAAAUGCAUAUAUGGCGCCUGAGCGAAUAUCAGGUGAACAGUAUGGAAUCCAUUCGGAUAUGUGGAGUUUAGGAAUUUCAUUUAUGGAGCUCGCUCUGGGGAGGUUUCCAUAUCCUCAGAUUCAGAAAAACCAGGGAUCUUUAAUGCCUCUUCAGUUAUUGCAGUGCAUUGUUGAUGAGGACCCUCCAGUUCUUCCGGUCGGGGAGUUCUCAGAGCCGUUUGUACACUUCAUCACUCAGUGCAUGAGGAAGCUGCCUAAGGAGAGACCAGCUCCUGAAGACCUCAUGGGCCACUCGUUCAUCCUGCUGUACAAUGACGGGAAUGCAGAAGUGGUGUCUAUGUGGGUGUGCAGGAUGCUGGAGGAGCGGCGGUCCCAGCAGGCCCUCCAGUGAGAGACACAGGGCUGGCACAGCAAUAGCAAGCUGCACCAUGCUAGCCAGCUAGAGGUGCCAAUUAGUCCAAUGCCAAUUGAUUCAUAUAGCGCCUUUCAGAACGAACAUCCCGCACCACCGUUACAGUUGUGUAUACAGUGAUCACAAUCAGGAAAUGGGACUGCAUUCUGCAUCCGUUUACUGCCAGCUUUGGUACCUCAGUUUUCUUCUGAGUUCUCUUUUGAAGACUUCUCUCUCCCCCUCUCUCUGCUCAGUGUGGGAGGUUACACUGCAGGCAGUUCUGUUUAGUACUCUGACUGCUCCACAAUGUUACUUUGCUCAGUAUGCUGUAUGUUCCUUGAGAUGGCAGAAUCUGGUGUUUGUUAAUGUGAAUCAGCUCCAGUGGCAGCUUGUCCGGGAGCUGCAGACAGAUGUGAGGCAAAGGACACAUGGCAUUGUGCUGAUUCAGAGAGCCUCACCUCCAGCUCCCUUUGCUGCUUCUACAGCUUGGUGUUACCAGCGCUUUGCACUGACAGGAGACGGCAUGUUAUUGGUGUGAAGUGCACUCACUGCAGUUUAGAGUGUGUUGAUUGGAAGACAUUGUUCAAUGAAUAUCCUUCAUAUGACUAUAGCAGUCUAAAAACAGCCUCAAAACAUGUUCUGUAAAUCUGAAAACAUUAAGAUAUAUUUUUUUUAAUGUUACCCUUCUGUUUUUCCCCCCAUUCUGUUUUGUUUUUGUUUUGGAAACUGUUUUAAUCAAAAUUAAGGUUGAAUGAAGUGUGGCCCUCUCCUACUUUGAUGUUCACCAAUAGAUUAUUAUACUGUGUAUCUUAAAUUGGGAGCCUUAUAUCUGCCUUAAUAUUACAGUACACAACCAUUUCACAGAAAAUGUAAACCGCAGGAAGCCGCCACUGUGCACAGUGUAAGAGAAGCUACAGUACCACAUGGGUUCAUCUUCCCAUCAGAAUCCUACAGCAGGUGAGGUCAUUCAUGCAGACCUCCAAUAAGGAUUAGUCUUUUCUUGUACCGAAAGCCCACUUUUAAUUGUGUAGCAUCUUCAGCAGCCCCCAUACAAAUGUAUUCUAAGAGAACCAUGAUUUAUUCAAAGUGGUCUUCAGGGUGCUGUCUUUAAGGUGUCAAUGGAUACAGGUAUGAAAAAUAUCUAUGUAACUUUUACUGUAAGUAGCAUUACAGUAUAUAUUUGAAAGUGUGCAAUGAUAUAUAUUAAAAAAAAUGGGAAAAAAAGGUGUCUGAUUUUAAUUUAGCAAAAACAGUGACUUGAGUGACUUGCCAUGCAAACUGUGCUUCACUGUGAUUUUACCAUGGGGUUCUGUAUUCAACUUCUGUAAGAGAAACCUCUUUUUUUCAGUUACGUUUUGCUCUAACACUUUCCAGCCCUUGACUUGGCAUUAAUCAUGGUUUGAAGUGGAAAGACUGCAAGCGAGAAGCUUACAGUCUGAACUUUGUCUUAAUUGCUCCUGUGUCACAACCACUCACCAGAUAGCAGUAC